ACUAGAUUUUUACACUUCAGUUGCACUAGAAACGGCAGACGCUUGACACGCGUGUGGACAGAAGAGAAGAGAAAAAACUAGUACUUCGCCCUAAAGUGGAUUUGGGAUUGUAUGUACAACAUGACAUUUGAGGAAAUAAGUGGGGAUAACUCUCAAGAAAGAAUGGAUUCAGUGGCGAAAGCUUUGGAAGAGGUCCUGAUCAGAGCCUUACCUCAGGGCUGCAUAACUGUGGGCGUCUAUGAGGCGGCCAAGUCCCUCAAUGUGGACCCUGACAAUGUGGUGUUGUGCAUCUUGGCGGCCGAUGACGACGACGAGAUAGACGUGGCCCUGCAGAUCCACUUCACGCUCAUCCAGGCUUUCUGCUGCGAGAAUGACAUCAACAUCCUGAGAGUGAACAACACCCGGCGCCUGGCUCAAAUCCUGGCGGCCGGAGGAGGCGGCGGCGGAAGGCAGAGCGGGGGGGAGCCCAUGGACCUGCACUGUGUGCUUGUCACUAGCAACGACUCGACCUCGUGGAAGGACCCGGCGUUGAGCAGGGUCAACUGCUUCUGCAGCGAGAGCCGUUGUAUGGACCAGUGGGUGCCCGUCAUCAACCUGCCCGAACGAUGAAAGCCAAAGACGUUAAACGCAUGAAAGGACGUUAAAUGUUGCACGAGAGUGGCCGUAUUAGCAGCUGCAGAUCAAAUGUUCCGAAGCACUACUCGGGUUGGAUUGAAGAAAAAAAAAGAAAAAAAAAAAGACAGACCCUGUUAUGUUGUUGGGAUGAAUUUUAAAAGGCAAAAAAAAAAAAAAAAAAGUGGGAAGGGGAUUUCCACUUGUUUUGGGGUUAGUCUGUCUGUCGUGGCAAACAGGCCCGGUGUCGUCACGGGUGACGAAAAUGGAGCCAGCUGGUUUGCUUUUGUUGGCGUCAAAGCCGGACGUGGCGCAGGCAGCAGGAUUACAUCAUACACGAGCGCCGGUGUUGCUUCACGGCCUCCGUGACACGUUUCAGGAAAAAGCGGCGCGUCAGCCGGAAGCCUGAGCUGAACGAGGCCUCGCCGCGCGUCUCUGCUCAAACAAAGCACUUAAAACACUGGACCUUUCUUAUUUGACCUAAUAUUUCAUUCAACUGUUCAUAUUGAUGUUGCUGUAAUUUUGAAAGGGAAGGGCUAGUAGACAUCCAGUGAAGCGUAUAUUUAAUAAUUCCUAUGCCAAGCCAAGUACAAUUGUUGUUAAGUUAUUUUCAAAUAUAUUUAAGUAUAUUUAUGUUAGGUUUUCUUUUCUCUUUUUUUUCUUUUUUUUUUACAUUUGCAAAAAUCUUGACUGGACACACAUUUUGAUGUCAAUAAAAAGUAUUUUGUUCUGAGCCAAUACCGUGUUU